AUCGGGAGCGCGCAGCGUCCGGAGAACCGUGCGCGCUCCCGCUGCACCAGAGCGAGGGGCGGGCAGGAGAUGGGAGCUGUGGGGAGAAAUAUAUAGUGAUGAAAAUGAUGGCGACCGAGGCGGAGGAGAUAAGACACCACACAAGCCCCUGUCCCGUCCCCGACAACAGUCUCAGCACUCUGUCCAUCAAAAUCACGCGGAAAAACCAGGAUAGACACUGGAAGUUGCGCUUUAUUUACCUGCAGUGCUAUUUCUUGACUAUUGCAACAAUACUUGGAACUGGAAUCCUAGGUCUUCCAGUAACGAUAGCCCAUGCUGGACUGGUGCCUUUUCUCGUCUCCUUUCUCGUUGGCUUCUUCGUCCAGGCUUUACUCAUCUACCUGUUUGUGGAACUUCUUCAGAAAUGUCAGGUUGUGCAGCUGGAAUCUCUAAAGACAGGCGUGGCAGAGUGUAUCGUGAUGGAUCAGGUUGGUAUGGAGGAUCCAGUACACACAGAGGAAGAGGAUGAUGAUGACAGUGAAAAUGCAGAAGCUGAUACAGGUUUACUCCAGACAGAUGCAGUACCUGUGCACAACCAAGAAGACAGCCUGCAGCCCAACCUUCAUCUGCUUGGCCACAUCUUCCUCUCCUGGCACAUGAGCCACGCCUUCAACUGCAUCCUUCUCUUCCAAUUUAUUUCGAUCGGGAUAAGUUAUGUCUUAGCUGGCAGUGAGGCGUAUGCAGCUCUUCUGAAUGUCAGCCACAUCUAUGUGAUCCCAGUCUUCACCUGGAUUCUAACUCUUGCCAUCUUACUGGCCCAUACAGUCAUCCAACCAAUCACGUCAGUGCUCACCCUGCUGAAAGGCAUCCUACUCAUCGUUACGGUGGCUGUGACAUUUGCAGUGGGGUCAGAGGUCGGCCUUCAGAGCAGCAGUGACUUCAGUGAGAUGGGGAAACCUUUCCUAAUGGGCACAGUGGCUCUGGGAGGGAUCGUAAAUGUGAUGCCUCUGCUCUUCUCGCAGAUCUCACACAACAGAACGCAGAUCCUGUGGUUUCGAAGAGCUGUGCUCGCGGGUCUGACAACCUGCACUGUGCUCAACAUCCUCUGGUGCUGGGCAGUGCUGGAAAUUGUCCCCCAGACAUCGCUACCUGAGAGGCGGAUGGCUGCAGAAGCAACCACGCAGUCCGACUCCAGCAGCCUGUCUGGUCCUCAGUCCACUGUCCCUCCUGUGCUGUACUCCAACAUCUCUCUAGAAGAGUCUGAGAAAGCAGGAGAGAUUGCAACCAUCCCACUGACCAGGAUUAUUAAUGAACGUUACAGGGCCUACUCCUGGGUGGCUGAGCUGAUCCAGGUCUUUAUAGCCAUCAGUGUCACUGUGUCCUUCCUGGUGAUGGGAUCUGCCAUGAAACACACCAUUGAUGGUCUGGUGAGCUCGUUGUGGGGCAGCAAACUGGAGUGGCUGUCUAAAGCCUGGGAGAGAAACCUGCCAAACAAACAUCACAUCUGCUCAGCCAGGAGCAUGGCUAAAGGAUUCGUGUCACUGCUCGGGUUUAUGGUCAUCUUUAUCGUGUCAGUGUGUGACCCCAGGGGUUUUAUUGUCAUGUUAGACAAAGUUGUGUCUUUCUCCCUCAACACUGAAGUUGGACUGUUUAUCUUCAUCAUGCUGAGAGAAUCCAGAGAGGACAGAUUCCAGCACAUUGCAGUCCCUCUGCCAGUAGGUGACUGUGUCUUCAGCCUCAGCUGGCUGCUCCCCUGCUACUUCUUGUUUGCAGUCACCUACGACGUGCUGCAGACCCUGGCCGAGGUGACUCAUUACCUGCACUUCUAUAACCACGUCCAGGAAGCACACUACCACAAUCUGACGGAGAGUGUAACAGCAGCCAAUCUCUCCGUCCUGCUCUGAUCUGCAAGCAGACAGAUAACAGACUGACCAGACAGAGUUCAAAUUGCCAAAAAUAAAUCAGAAUGUUAGGAAAUGCCUUUUUAUUGUGUUCAUACUCAUCAAGCUCUGGAUACUAUAUGAAGAUUUUAAAGAUGAACAUUAUCGCUGUUUGAUGCCACCUUUGGAGGACUUGUUUCUUGUUUUUGCACUCCACGAAGUCAUUUUUUAUGACCCUGCUUUUUUUUCUCUUUAACGGCAGUUGUCUGCCUGCUCACUUCUUUUUUUAAAUGAACAGUCAACUUUAAGAUUAUGGGGAGCCAGAAAAUGUUCCCAUAAGACACUUGGGACAAGCUGUUUUCACAAUGUAAAUGCAAGUUUCAUCGACUGUAUUAUCAUUGAAUUUGAGUCUUCAAACCACAUUUAUGAUUUUAAAAAGGAGACUGCAACACCUUGAAGUCAGCCAUUGCUUGUACAGGCCAUAUUGUAAUUAUGAAAUGGUUAGAUCCUGGGACACAUCAACGUGGCUUAAAAUAGUUCCACCUAGCAUAGAAAAUAUGAUAGGCUGUUAGCAUGCAGCAGUCUGUGUAAUAGUAUUCUUGACUGAUUUAAAACCAGGUAGGUGAAGAAGGGGUACACACAGGUUUCUCCUUAACAAACUGUUAAAAGCACAGAGUUGAAGCCCCAAAUCUGAAGACUGUCUCCACUCGUACUGGUCUCUGGUAUUGUAGAAAUGUAAAUAUUUUCAAAGGUUUUGAUGAAAAACUAUAAAGCAGAGUUUAUGCUGAUUCACUUUAAAAGCACUGUGCAGUAUAAUCUUUUAUUUAAAUGAAAAUGUAUGUUGCUAUAUUCACUUUAUCUCCUAAACUUUGCCCCAUGGACAGUUUUUAUAGAGACAAUCCUGCUGCAAAUGAGCCCUGUGGGUGUGGGGAUAAGAGGUGUGUAUUGUUGAUUGUAGUCGUCCAAACUGAAACGUAAAGAUUUUUUUUUUUAAGCAUGAUCUAUUUAUCUUCCAAACAUAUAAAUAAUCAAUGAAGACCGACAUUACUGCUUAGCCUAUCAAAAAUCAUCAUUUAGCCAUUUAUUGCUUUUUUUCUUGCCUCAUGGCAAAUGCUCUGGGGCCCGGUACUGAUCCAUAGCCCUGUUUGAGCUGUUGUGUAUUCUAUUUAACAUUAUUCCUCCUGGAUCUGAUGAACUCUUAUGCAACAUUUAUCUCCAUCUUGUUUGUGUUUUCAUCCGCUUAAGUAUCAAACUGUACAUGAACUUAUAUUAGCUGUGUAAUCAGGGUCCUGCAGUGUAGUAACUUUGCAGUGACCACUAUAAGCUGCUGAGAGGUUUCAUUCGGAAAUAAAUAUAUAGCCAUUUGCAGACAA